CAGCAUUUCUCAUCCCUCACCAAUCAAUAAUAUUUGAAGAAUAUAGAGAGAGAGAGCCUACUCAUCAAAAUGAAAGGUUUCCUUCAAGCUUUUGUUCUCUUAGCUUUGGCUUCCUCAUUUGCCUCUGCUUUUGACCCCAGUCCUCUUCAGGACUUCUGUGUUGCCAUCGAUGAUCCCUUGAAGGGUGUGUUUGUUAAUGGGAAGUUUUGCAAGGACCCCAAGCUCGCCAAAGCAGAGGAUUUCUCCUUUUCAGUUUUAAAGCCUGGAGACACAAACAACCCAGUUGGUUCAAAUGUCACCACUGUGAACGUAGAUCAAAUUCCAGGACUUAACACUCUUGGCAUUUCAGCAGUCCGUAUUGACUAUGCACCUUAUGGCCAAAACGCACCUCACACUCACCCUCGUGCCACUGAGAUUCUUGUUGUCCUAGAGGGUACUCUACUUGUUGGUUUCGUCACUUCCAAUCCAAAUAACACACUUAUCAGCAAAGUUCUUAACAAGGGUGACAUUUUUGUGUUUCCCAUUGGUCUCAUUCAUUUCCAAUUCAAUAUCGGAAAAACAAAUGCUCUUGCCUUUGCUGGUUUGAGCAGCCAGAACCCUGGUGUCAUUACUAUUGCCAACGCGGUAUUUGGAUCAAAUCCUCCCAUUGAACCAAAUUUUCUGGCUAGGGCCUUCAUGUUAGACGUAAACGUGGUGAAAGAUCUUCAGAAAAAGUUCUAGGUUGCCAAUUUGAAAGAGUUUUACCAAUGCAGUGAAACAAUUGAAGUUAAUUUGAAUAAUUAGUAUUUGCCUAUCCGAUUUUCAUAUAUGUACUGUCUGAAAUACUUCAUGUAAUAAAUUGAGGUUGCAUAUUUUCAUGUAUGUACCUCCAGCACCAUGUCUGUUUCUACUUAUGGAUAUAAUAUAGCAGUUUGUUUUCUAUA